ACUUUUCUCGUUUCCCUGGCUGAUCUCGCGAGAAGUGCAAUCACUUGCCUUAGACUGCGCACCAUAGAAGCUAAUGUUUGCCAGCUUUUUAAACAACUUUACAAAGAAGACAUGACUGCGAAAUUAACACAGGGGGCAGUUGCAGCCCUUGUCAAAGGAUCCCAUGUAGAGAAUCCGGUGCUGCAGUUACUGAACAUUCGUCAGAUUAAUACCACAGGUGUGCCCAGGUACCGCCUCAUGAUGAGUGAUGGUCAGCACUACUUGUCUUCCUUCCUGAUGGCCACCCAGUUGAACCGUCUGGCAGAAGAGAACCUUCUUGUACCACAUUGCGUGUGUUUGCUAAAAAGGACGACCAAGAAUACUUUGUCAGAUGGCCGGCACGUGGUCGUUGUUGUGGACAUGGAGGUCUUGAAGUCAGCAGAAGAAGCUGGAGGAAAGAUUGGAAAUCCCACCUCAUAUUCAACAGAAGGUCAGUUGUCAUCUCCAAAUAAGGUGUCAUCAACCACCUCGGAACCAUCGUCCACUUCAGACGCUGAGGUACCUGGACCAUCCAACAACAGCAAAGGAUGGGAAAAAGAUUUUACUGGGAAAGCUCCUGUGAAGAUUUCACCAAUGAAGACCUUUCCUAUGAAAGGGUCGCCCAUGAAGACGUCACCCAUGAAAGCCUCACCUAUGAUGACCUCUCCCAUGAAAGGGUCACCCAUGAAGGGUUCACCUAUGAUGACCUCUCCCAUGAAAGGGUCACCCAUGAAGGGUUCACCUAUGAUGACCUCUCCCAUGAAAGGGUCACCCAUGAAGGCGUCCACCAGUUCACCAGGUUCUGUUCCAAAAGUGAUGCCUAUUGCUACCCUCAACCCGUACAUCAGCAAGUGGACUAUCAGAGCCAGAGUCACAAACAAGUCCAAUAUCCGCAACUGGAGUAACUCCAGAGGGGAGGGCAAGCUCUUCUCCUUUGAGGUCGUGGAUGAGAGUGGUGAAAUCCGGAUCACAGCCUUCAACAAUGAAGUGGACAAGUUUUUCACUCUAUUGGAGCAAGGCAAGGUGUACUACAUCUCAAAGGCUACUCUAAAGGUAGCCAACAAACAGUAUACGACACUGAAGAACGACUACGAGAUGACCCUCCAUGCUCAUUCAUCUAUUGUACCUUGUACGGACAGUCCAGAAGUCCCAGUAAUGCAGUGUGACUUUGUGCCCAUUGGAGAGCUGGAAAACCGAGACAAAGACUCCAUCGUUGAUAUAAUUGGAGUGUGCAACAGUGCAGAGGAUGUAUCCCGUAUCACCACUAAGACCAGCCGGGAAGUCUCCAAGAGGGCCAUCAGCCUAAUAGACACCACUGGCAAAGUGGUGACAGUCACACUGUGGGGAGAAGAGGCGGAGAAGUUUGACGACUCUGGACAGCCUGUUGUUGCCAUCAAAGGAGCUCGCUUGUCUGAUUUUCGGGGCAUAUCUCUCUCAGCUUUGUUCAGUUCUACAAUCAUGGUCAACCCAGAUUUACCCGAAGCCUUCAGACUCAGGGCCUGGUAUGACCGGGAAGGUUUUGCAGUUGACAGCCAGUCACUAACAGAAACCAUGUCAGUCAGUGUUGGAUCGAAGAUGAACUGGAGAACGCUGAGGGAUGUUAAGAAUGAAAACAUGGGACAUGGAGAAAAGGCAGACUAUUUUAGCUGCGUGGCAACUAUAGUAUUUAUGCGUAAAGAAAAUUGUUUGUAUCAAGCCUGUCCAUCUUCAGACUGCAACAAGAAGGUCAUAGAUCAACAGAAUGGUUUUUACCGCUGCGAGAAGUGUAACAGAGAAUUCCCCAACUUCAAAUAUAGACUCUUACUUUCAGCUAACUUGGCAGACUUCGGGGAUAACCAGUGGGUGACAUGCUUCCAGGAGACAGCUGAGGUCCUGCUGGGUCGCAGUGCAGAAGAGCUGGGACAGCUCAGAGAAACAGACGAGGCAGAGUUUGAUGAAGUCUUCCAGAAAGCCAACUUCUCUACCCAUAUCUUUAAGAACCGAGUCAAGCUGGAGACAUAUAAUGAUGAGAGUCGGGUGAAAGUGACUGUAAUGGAAGUACUUCCUGUCGACCACAGAGUGUACAGCAGAAGACUCCUCAGUAACAUUCAAAAAUUGGCUCACUGAGCCACGUUCACAUCUGGCUGCCUGAUAAUUACGCAUAUGUCUGCUUGGUUUUCGACCAGACUAGAACUGGUAUGGGAGUUUUUCAAACCUCCAGAUUUUAAAUCUUACUCAGGAGCAACCAGUGAGAUCUUUAGCAGGUUUAUAUCUUAAAACACUGAUGCAAAAAAAGUUCAUUAACAGGACUUUUAACAUUCACAAGGUUUUUUAUUUUAAAGAAAUUUAACUUUAAUUUGUACAAUUUCUAAUUUUUUGUAUUUCUUUUUCUUAUUUCUUAACAAGUGAUUUGUGUAUUUACAUUUUUAGUAGUUUCUUUAUGUAACGACUCGUUUUGAUUUAAAGCAUGUUGAUAGUCACUGUUGACUAAGAAAAAUAGAAAAAUCCUGGUUUUAAUUUUGUAAAAUAAAUGUAGCACCAGUACAUGAGAGUUUAUUUUAGAUCCAUGUUCAGUGUUAAAAUAUUUUUUCUUUGUGUUGUUUUCAAAGAUUUUUUUGUCUCUAAAUGAUGUUAAGCUGUGAUUAAAAUCACUUGAAAAUAUUCA